GGUCACUUCAAUCAAGGUUUCAGGGCAAUUCAGGGCGUCUUCGAAGACUUCGUGUCGUUUGGUCCCAUUGUUCAGUUUCGCAAAAAGAGAAGAGAGAAGAGCAAGGUGGUCCGCCCUGCUGACGCACGCCGGUUUACCUUGCGGGAAGAGGAAGAGGCCUUUGCCAGCUUUCUGGUUACUAGAAGUAUAGGCGCAAAAGCUGUGGCUGCCUGAUGUCGCCUUUGCACGACACCAUUUCCGCAGCUCGUUGCCCCGCAAGGUGUGCAUGUAACGGGUGAAGACGUAAAGUUUUUUGAGCUGCGGCAGCAAUCGAUAUGGCGGCAGAUCUUGACUCUGGCUCAGCUUCCGACGCUGUGCUUUCGCUUGGGGCUGGCAAAAUGCAGCACGUGCAAGACACCAUCAGACAUGCUGAUGGAGUCCCACAUUUGCCAGGGGGAAAUGGCUCUGAAAAAGCUGGUGCCAAGACUGGAGUGGCCAGGCUGGUGCUCGAGGCAACGGUGGUGACGGACCCUGGCAAACUUAGAGAGAACACUGGCAAGCUUUACUCGUCUUCUGAGAUUAAAACUGGCGAAGGGGGAGUAAGAUCUGAGUCAGAGAAGGUUCCCCCACAACCGGCAAACUUAGCAUCCUUGGAAGGUGCAUUAGGGCUAAACGAGGAAGCGCAGCCAAGCCUUCAGUUGACUGAACAGGAAAGCCUUGCGUAUCCUCCUGUAAGGGAGAUGGAGAGUGGGGAAGGGCCCCCUUACGCACCCCCAGGUUGGCGGUGGCGUGUGGGAAGGAGGCAAGCAAACGGAACAUGGACAGACAGGUACUUUUAUCCCCCGGGCGGCAAGAGAGAGUUUGCUAGCAAGAAGCAAGUGGAGCAGUACCUCAAGUACACCCAGCCCGGCAUUGACUUGGACGCAUUCUGGGAGACAUACCGGUGGCGGAUACCUGCUGUUGACGGUUCGGGGGAGAAGCGCCGCCCGGACACCGGCUCAGACGCCUCGGCCCGGCCAACAACAAGCGACACCACAAAGCGCGCUAAAAGUUCCAGGGAGAGCUCCCCGGCAGUGGCGCAGGCGCACAGCACGUCCCCGGCGCCGAGCGACCCGCGGUCGUGCCCUAAGCGGAGUGUGGCGUGCGGCUUGGUCACCGGCAAGAGCUUCCUGCUAGUGGCAACCAAAGUAGCCCCAUGCGACAUUUGCUGCGCUGAGGAGGGCUUCUGCAGAACGUGUAGCUGCAUCUUUUGCAACGGGGACGUGAGAGGGGAUGCGUCCAAUUCCGUCCAUGUGAGUGGCAUCUGGUGUGCUCGAUCAUCUGGAGCAGGCCUUUGUGGACACGCUGCGCAUCUGCGGUGCGCGCUGACCAACAAGGCCGCUGUCAGCAACAAGAAGGAGCGCACGGUUAACUACCUCUGCAGGCGAUGCGGAGAGACGAACAUCCUUUCCCUGGACGACGGCCGCCCUGUCUCUGCGGGGGAUCCCCCUUUCCUCCCCGACAAUCAGCAGUCCCAAAGCACCUCUCUCGCCAGCGGGACAUCCAAGCUGGACCCCACCGCGAACGGUCACCACGCUUUUGGAAACCAUGAGGCGCAUCUAAUCGCAGGGACGAAAGGCGAACUGGAUCAGAUUGUAGAGGCGGGGGAAAACGGUUUUACUUCGGGGGGGCAGCGCAAUGGGGAAGCCAAGGAGACGGGGACUGAGGACGAGUACGAAGAUCGUGUGAAGGAGGAGAGGCACGGUCAGUCGAGCACGGCGCAGCUGGACUCGGACCGGGGGGGUAGCGCAGCACAGGCGGGGACCCCCCCGCUAGAGGCGCUGAACAGCUUCACGGGGAGAAGCGACGCAGGGGGCGAGGAGCAGCAGGAGGGCCGUUCCCACGAGGGGGGGCACUCGCACCAGGAGAAACAGCCCCCCGGCAUGAAGCAGGAGCCCGCGCAGUCGGAGGACCCGUUCGAGGUGGAGCUUGCACGGGCGCUGCUGCAUCUGCCGGACGGUCUGCCGGACGACGGCGCGCCGCCGCUGACGGAUUCGGACGAGUUUCAAACAGAGAAGCGGCGAAAAGACCUGCUGAUUGCGGUGACGGACGGGCUUCGCGAGCGGGGGGAAAGCUCCGACAGCGGAGACGAGCCGCAGGCUUCGACCCCGGGGGGAGGUUUGAACACGCUCGCGGGACGAAGGAUACUAGCAGAGGAAAAGGGCGCGUACGGGCUGCGCAAGAGCGCGUCCCAACAGAGCUUUGACUCGGGGUACAGCACUCCCCCCGACGAAGUCAUUGACGGCGUGAGCCGGCCAAAGCGCAGCCGGGGCCGGGCAAGAACGCCUCGCACUAGUUCCAAGCCGUCGCAGUGGGUGCGCGCGGCGCAGGACGUAACCAACGGCGCGCAUUCGGACGAUCAGAUGGCGGCAGAGCUUUUGGGGGGCGCUUUCGACGGGGAGAAGCAGUGGAACAUCCCCCCCAAGAAGAGGGGCGGCCCCGGGCGGCCGAAAAGGAAGAUGGAACCUGCCGGGCCGGUUGCGAGCCGCGAGCCGAGCGCCGGACUGUCUGAAGACGCGGCGCCGGCGUCCGAUGACGAGCUGAACCCAAAGAACCCGCCGAAGUCGCGGUUCGUCACUGACGGGUUCCACCGGACUGCCGCCAGGGUGAAAAAGGAGGGCUACUUCGAGGUCGCGGUGAAACGGGACGAGGAGGAAGAGAACCCCGGGCCGAUUCCAAUUGGGAGCAAGAUUCCGCGUGCGAGCCGUUCCGCACGGCAUACGCGCGUGCACAUCUCGGCGUCGUUUCUGCUCGCAACCAGCGAGCAUGACAGCCCGGCGCAGAGCGAUUCGCAACCACACGAUCUAGAUACCCCGGGGUCGCCCGGGGUAAGGAGCGAGAGCCCGUCAGUGUCUGGGCUGAAGCGGAAACUAGAGGCGAGGGAGAACGGGCCGGCUCCUAAGCGGAAGGGGAGGCCACCGGGCAGCAGGAAGGACGGCGGCAAUGGGAGGGGCGUCGUGGUGGAUUUUGAGGCGGAUCUGGAUGGGGCGAUGAACGGGGGCUUUGGGGCGGCCAAAGCCUGGCUUCAUCAGCAGGCUGGUUUGACGCUGCUCGAGUCACAACAACUGACCUCACAAGAGGAACGAGUGCACAGUGCUUGCCGAGCCCUCAAGCAGCAGAUUGACACCUUCUCACCAACAGGGAAGACUCUCUUUAGUCGCCUAGAUGACCUCAUCGACAAGCUGAAAGCUGCGAAGGACGCUGCACGUCAGGAGAUCGGCGAGUACCACAAAAUGGUAGUUCAGUUGCUAGACAAUCGAGGUGUGCAUGUGCAAAUGUACUAAUGUCAGGCGGGUCGGCUUUGUAACAUAAGGGUGAGGUCAAGGGUUCAGCAUAUAUCGGAUUUAUUAGUGGUCGCUCUGCCAGAGCACAAGGGUCUCGAGCGGAGUAGAGUCGAACAUUUUAGUCGGGUGUCCUUACGAUUACUGAUCAUUGUUCUAGUUAAGCUCUCUGCCCAACAAAUCUGCCUCCACAAUCUUGCUAUGAAAUGGUGCAAUGUCCCAACUCC